UCAAAGGAGCGGGUGGAGUCAGAGAAAGAACUACAAUUCCCAGUAGCUUUUUGGGUGCUGCCGCUCUCGCGAGAUCAUCUCCCGCUCUAUCCUACCGCGUUCGGGCUCGUGUACGGCGCGGUGGUUGAAUCUGGGCCGAUGUUGUGAAGGCGGCAGUAAACACUUGCUUCUGCAGCUGUCUCCUCCUCAGAUGGAAUUGUCCUUGGCGCCGUUCAUUCGGAAGCUCCGUCAUCAGCUGGCUGAGAUCAGAGAACGAGCUCUUAAAAAUAUUCUGUGUAAAUUGGAUCACAACUUGAUUACAUAUGAUGACUUGGUUCAAGAAAAACUUUUAUUUCUCAGUCUUCUAGAGUGGUUCAACUUUCCUAUAGUACCAAUGAAAGAAGAAGUCCUACAUUUAGUGAGCAACUUGGUUAAGCACCCAUCUGCUGUGGAACAAUUGGUUGGGAUUGGGGCAGUGGAGUUCUUCUCUCAGCUUCGUCCAAAUGUGGAUCCAAACAUGCAGGCUGUGAUUGAUGGGAUUUUGGAUGGACUAUUGGUGCUGCCUUCAGAAAUCUCUAUUGAUUAUCAGGCAAUGCCUUAUCAAGCUCAGCCCUUGCCAGUGGUGACGAAUCCUGUAUUGUCCCAAGAACUUAAUGCUGGAUACUUUGACCAAGGGAAAAAUCACGUACAAGAGAUGGGAAUACUACCCAAACAGCUAGCUGUGAAACAUGGAGUAAAAUGCUUGAAAUUCUCUACAUUUCCAUGGUUAUCCCUGACAACAACAGAUAGGCAUGUUCUUUCCUCAAGUGAAAGCUCACUGAGAAGCAAAAACCACAGAUUAAUUUGGAAUACCUGUGAGCUUCUGCAAGAUGUCAUCAUGCAAGACUUCCCUGCUGAAAUAUUUCUUCAGAGACCAAAAAUUGUUCAGUGUCUUCUGUCUCUAACUACGCUGGCUUUUGGAAGAGAUGGACAAUACCGUUUGGCCUUACAGGCCGUCUUAUGUCUGCAGCAAUUAUGUAUUUUCUUAAGAAACAGAUUAAACUUCCAUAGAGAUCCAAGUUUUGUCUCGAGUGAAUCUGGUACUGUUUCCCAGAAUUCCUCAGUGUCCUACUGCCAAGAUGCUAGAAGACUCUCUCAUUCUCAGAAUCCAUCUCCAGGAAGUAGUAGUCCUCGCCCAUCUGUGGUAGGACGUACAGGUCAGCGUCCCAGAGGUGAUGGUCAAGACUGGGAUGCAGUAUCUUCCAGUGGAAGCAGUUCUCAUGCUAAUGUGAAUUCCAGAGUAUCUGUUCACUCACCUCUGGAUAUGGGCCACAUUGACUUGCCAGAACUGGAAAAUGAGGAUACUUUAGAGUUACAGUUCCAACAGCUUAGUCUUCCACAGUUCUGUGUAGCUGUUUUGGAAUAUGCCGUGCCUCUUCUAAGAACAGGUAGUAAGAAAGUGACCGUGCACGUUCUGGAGUGGCUGGCUGAAGACUUGCUACUUAUUGCUGAUGCUGUGUCUGAAGAUGUUUGGGAAGACAGCAGUCUUUUUGGGCUAGAACUGAAGGAAAAGCUGCUUGGAGUCCUAGAUUCUUUAGGUGAAACCAUUUCCUACCACAAAAGUAAUGCAAGGUCAGAGCAGCCUGAACUUGUGAUGGUUCACAGAAUGGCAUAUGUCAGUGUUUCACUUUUCACCGUUCGGCUACUGCAAGUGCUUCUCCCUGUGGAAAAGGCCAGUAGUGUUUUACCAGAGAGUUUACAGGCUUCUUUAUUUGAUCUUUCCGUGGACAUGCCUUUCUCCUUGGAAUAUCCAAGUAUUCAUGAUUCUGUAAUAGCUUAUUUGGAACAAAUGAAUUCAGAAAACUACAGUAUUUAUAAACAAGCUGCAGAGGCUGCCUAUUCUGUUGAGUGCACCUGUAACUUUAUUCUGGAAGUCCGCAAGGAGGGGGAAAAGAAUAUUCUUGAUUUACUGGAGUUGGCAGAACAGGCCCUAAAAAGUCUUCCCUAUCACCAACACUUUACUCUACUUCAGGAGUUCAUCAACAUUUGUUCAGACAUCUGGAAAUCUGCCCAAGCUAGCCCAUUGCUGCAGGCUGAGAGUCAGAAGGUGCUUCUCCAUCUGUUGUCCCAUCCUCUGUUGAAUAUACGAGCCGAAGCCUAUCGCUACUGCCUUGAAACUGUUAAGGAAAGUUUAGGCAUUCAUAAUGUCACUAAACUUGUUUCUUCGGUCAGCUGUGGAGUACAUUUCCUGCUUCAUCCCAAAGUUCUAUAUGAAAUAUGUAGUUUUGGCCUUCAAGACUCCCAACAUGAGGUAUGCUCAGCUGCCACUUUUAUGCUGAUGUAUCUUCUUCAGGGCCGAUUGAUGAUGGCAGCAGCGACCUGGAACAAGUUUAUUGAGGCCCUCUAUCCUGUUGUUCCAAUUCUUCAGGGUUAUGCAGACACAGAAGAAGCUCUAGGUAACUGCAUCCUUGCAUUGAGUGAAACAAAUGCUGAAAAAGAAGGGAUUCUCCCAAGAACUACUAGGCUUAGGGCUGCCUUGCGUCUUCUUUUCUCAAAAAAACCACUAGUCCGUUCCAUGGCUCUCAAACACUUGAUGUUUCAUCUUACGAUUGAAGAAGAGGCAAACCUGAGGCGCCCGCUACUGCAUGGCAGUAUCCUUUCCGGUGUUCCUAAUUUGCUUAUUGUGGAAAAGCCUAUUGAACUCAAGCUGGAUGAUUCAGCAAGAGAGUCGGUUUUUAAGGCUGAGACAGUUGAGAAGCUGUAUGACAUCUUUAUCUCGGACACGAUUGAUCUAGUGUUGAGGAAGUCAGCAGCUGAGCAGUUAGCUGUAAUUAUGCAAGAUUCUAAAAUGCAUGACAUUGUCAAAAAGAUGGGUGUCAUAGACAAAAUACUUGCAUUGUUUACUGAAUGUGUUGACCGGGAUAGCAAGGUUAUGGACUGUAUGAUGUUGCCAUGUCUUACCCUCUUACGGAAACUUGUAUAUGCAGAUCCAGCUAAAAGGCUGUCAUUGGCUUACCAGCCUUCUGUCUUGCUGGUGUUAUUUAGAGUUUCCUUGAUAUUCCAAGAUUAUGGUGCUGUCAUGAGUGAAGCAGCAGCACUACUUUGCCUACUACUGUUUGAUGAAGCAGCAAGAAAAGAGAUAUGGGGCAAUACUGUUUCCUGUGAUUCUUCCCACAUUCUUCCCUUUAGUUUGCCUGUUGCAAUUGUGAGACGGUAUCAUCUGCCUGUCAGAGUCACAGCUCAUCAUGCUGUGAGCACUAACUCAGUGGUGUUACCAUUUUCUUGUGAACUCUGGGCCUCGAAACCUGUGUCAGACAUGCUUAAAAUGGCUUGGAACUUGUCUUGGUUCCAUGGAAUUGAUAACUUAUUAAAACUCGUCGAUUAUGAGACAGGAACCAAAGAAUUUUUAGAUACAUUAAAGCUCUCCAUGGAGAAUAUUAUUACACUGAAGAUAACGCACGCAAUCAGUGGACUGCAAGAUUGUCUUAAUUCCAUCAUUCGAGCAGUGUCCCACAGGGAAGUGAGGGCUGCCAUUGCAAGAAUGAAUUUUUAUAUUCUAAAUGACAGGCUGGCAUUAAUGUGCAGCAGUGGCCCUUAUGGGGCCUCUUUGAAGUGCUUGGCUUGGCAAACAGCAUUAAGCAGGUUUCUUCAAGUGCUUCCAGCUUCUUCAGAGGAUGAGAAACUCCUGGUUGACAUCGUAUGUUUUCUAAGCAAGUUUCUUAAGGAACAGAAGAGUACUUCAGAGAUAGAUAAUCUAAAAUGGAUCCUGGAUGUAGUCCUGAAGCAGAAUCCAAAGUCUCUACUAGAUCUUAUAGUGCAGCCGGAAUCCCAGCAACAAGAUGAAAUAGAUGACCUAAAGAUUGCUGUCAGACAACAACUGCAGAAAGAAUUGAUUGCUUUUUUUAAUACACUUCUGCUCAGCUUCAUGUCUGUUACUGACAGGAAAGACCUAGAACUUACUGGCUAUUUCCGAACAGAGCUAGCUCUUAAACUUCUGCAGUAUCUAAGAGUAACAGAUGCCCCUCACUUCUAUGGAUUACCUUCUUUGGAAAGAACAUUAAGAGGAAUGGUUCAUGUUACUGCACUCCCAGACUGGAAUUCCUACUCUGUUACAACGGAGCCAUUCACAGUUUGUAAGAAGUACUUGGCAGGGCUUCUUGAGGUCAUCUCAUCUUUUUAUGUUGAAUGGGGAGGAAAUGCCAUGUCUUUCAUGGGGAAAGGUGUCACAAAGAGUGCCAUCCUUUGUUUGCUUCACUUGUCCCAUGAAAUGAUGAUUCAGGCUCCAAAUGCGGACUGGAUAUCUCUUUGGUUCUUGCCAUAUAACAGUGAAGAACAAAUUCUUUCUCGGCAAGGCUUAGCAUGGCUGAUUCCAUUAUGGGUAGACAGAGAUCCAGAGGUAAAGUUCACCUCACUUGCCAUAGGAUCAGCACUUACAUCACUUGAAGUAGGUUGCUUUGCAUUAGCUGAAAGCUGCCAAAACAUAUCAGGAGGCUUAUGGGGAACAGUGAUCAACAUCCUUCUGGAUCAGUCUGAAUGCAGCAUGGUCCGAAGAGAGGCGGCAUUUAUUCUUCAAAAUAUUUUGGUGAUCCCGCUGCCCAUUGAAGAGGUUAAAGACUCCAUUUGGCAGGGACCUUGUGUGCAUGAUGAAGAAUCUGGUCUAUCUCUAACUGGAAAACCUGCCUUGCAGGCCCUAUUAUAUCAUUGCCGCUUCUAUGAUCAUUUGAAUGAGAUGGUGAAACAGUGCUACUUAGGUCGGUAUACAUUUGAUCUGAAUUGUUCCUUGGGAGACAGCCAGGUGGCAGGAAAAAAUAGUGUAAAUGAUUUUGAUGAUUCCCUUUCUCAUUGGAGAGUUCCAUCUAGUCAAAGCCAAUCUCCAAGUUCCCAGUCAACAUCUGACACUGUGAUCAUUUCCUCCUCGCCAUCGCCGGGCUGUGCUGUUGAACUGCAGCCACCCACCUCACCACCUAUAGCUAGAAUGUGUGAUGUGCCACUUAAUCGACUCACGGCACAAGGUCAGAGUGACACAACAACAGCUUCUUCAAGUUCACAUGAUUCCCCACAGUCUACCAUUAGGCCUAAACAGAGUGCAGUGGUCUCACCCCCUCUCCUGUCAGCUGUCUGCAGCUUGCUGGACAACCUGCUGAUUGUCACUCCAAAAGAUACUGGGGUUGCUCUUCAGCAAGCACAUACAUUAACUGCUCUCAGUAGUCUAGUAAAUUCCAGCUUGAUAGAGAGAUGUAUCUUGGAAAUGAAAGCACCUCUGCCUCAGCCCUUUCAUAUGGAGUACACAAAAACUCAGGUUUUAUUUCUACUGCAGUUUGUUUCAUCAUUGUCCCGACUCCUGCAGUCAUGCUUGCUGGUAGAUGCUCGCCUUGUGAUGCAAGAUGAGUUAUUGACACAUGUCUUGGCUCAUACCUUUGUGGUUCUUUCCAUUAGCUGUAAGGAUGGCUUAGGGCCAGAGAUAACUGCUGCAGUUCACCAAACUUGGGAAAACUCAUUCAGCCUUCUGACCACUCUGUUAAGAAAAUGUGGCCAUACAUCUCUGCCAUUUGUGGCUGCAGCUCUUGCAAAGCAUUGGACUGCAGUGAUAGAUACAGUAUGUGAAUGUGUGCAGUUCUCCAUCAGACACCCUGACUUGUAUGUGGCCUGCUUACAGUUCCUUGCUGUCCUUUUUUCUGAAGAAGGGAAGAGAGAGAGCACCAAUAAAGAGAAUGCUUGCUGCCAGCCAACAGUGGUUUUCCUUCUAGAUGAAGAUGAGAAGAGCCGAGUAUCUGUAACUAAUCUUUGUGAAUUAAUAAUUCAGAGCUAUGAAGGAAAAUCCUCUCAGGAUGUGCUGAAACAAGUUGCUGCCAAUGCUUUGCUUCCCCUCUUGGCUGUCAGUAAAAGUGCCCAGAAAUGUGCUUUGGAAGCCAACCUCAUAGAAACCUGCUUGGAACACAUGAAACGUAUUCAUGCACAACUGAACCUCGACUCCUUGAGGCCUGGAAAAGCAGUCCAAAGAAAAAAGGAUGAUAACCUCGGCAAAGAAUUAAAGGUUGUCAUGCAGCUCCUAAGAAAUUGCUUCUUUCGAAACGAAUGCUGCAAAGCAGCAGCCCUUGGAACUCACCUUAUCUCUAUCUUACACUCUCUGUGGCCAUGGCUUUUAAUGGAUGACUCAUUGAUGCAAACAGCUCUGCAUCUGCUUUGUGUCUACACUGCAAACUAUCCUUCAGGCUGUGGUUCUCUGUGUGUGGCAAGCGGCGGAUUGUCUCCUCUUCAGACAGCCCAAAGAACUGCAGCUGGAAACUCACUGAUGCAUAGCAUUGUGAAGUUAGCUUCUCAAACUCCAGCUGAGAACUGCAUAAUUCAGCAGAUGACUUUUAAUCUUCUGGCUAACCUGGUUGUAUCUCAUGACUGUAAGGGAGUUCUUCAGAAGAACAACUUCCUGCAGAACUUUCUGUCACUAUCAUUGCCAAAAGGAGGAAAUAAAAGUCUUGGUCGGCUGGCUAUUGCUUGGCUAAAGCUCCUAUUGAAUUUAUCAUUUGGAGAAGAUGGUCAGCAAAUGAUUGUGAAGGUGAAUGGUAGCUUAGAUCAACUUAUAGAGAUGGCCAAGUACAAGCACCGAGGUAAUCCUUAUAUGAUCCUUCUGAUUCUUCACAACACCUGCUUUAACCCAGCCAACAAACCCAAGAUCCUAGCUAAUGAUAAAGCUAUUGAACUGCUAUCUGACUGUCUGGAAAGUGAUAAUCCUGUAGCUCAAAGAAUAGGAGCAUCUGCACUUUGGGCUUUACUUCACAAUUAUCAGAAGGCAAAAGUGACUUUGAAGAAUCCAUCAAUAAAAAGAAGAAUAGAUGAUGCCUUUAUUUCAGCCAAGAAAGCUUUUCAACAGCAACAAGAAAACCAGCAGGAUGCCUAUUACUUAAAAUGCCUGGAAACCCUUGUGCAGCUUCUCAGCAGUUAACAGACACCAGUAUUUCAGGACUAUUUUUUUCUUAUUCUUAAGGACACCAGAACCCAAAUGGAAUCUUAAAUCCAUUGAGUGUAGGAAAUUUACCACUGAGGAAACCUGCUAAUUCUGCUUAUUGAGGAUCCUGUGCCAUAGACAUUCCACAAAAUGUGUUUUUCUCUGGAAACCAGUUCCAGUGUCAUUAUGUUAUAAAAGGCAGAAUGAAGAAUGGAAUAUAAAAUGGAUUUUAAUAAUGUAAAUUACAUUUUUAUUGAUUUAUUUUACACACAAGUCUUACGCAUGUUUGCUUUUAGAAGACACACAUUACUCUUCAGCUGAAGUGUAAUUAGUAUUAUAUAAAGAGGCAUGCCACUUCAGAUACAAAUGACGUAGAUACUUUUUCACAAUAUCUGAGCUUGUAUGAAUAAAGAUGUUGCCAAAAUGCUGAUUGCACUUGCAAUGGGAAAAGCCUCUUGAAUGCUACCCUACAGUGACCCAAUCUGGACUUGGAAAGGAGUUAACUCAUGCCUCUCCCUCAUGAAGCAAAUGCUGGAAGGCCACUGAGUUCAGGUUUUCAGAAAAGUCUAAAGGGAAAACAUCCUGGUAUGGAAAAGCCCAAGGAAAGAAGGCUUGAUAAGCCUGGUCUAUAAAUAUGCUAAGAUAAUGUCAGGCUACAUCAUAGAUUCAUUUAAAAUAAACCCAAGAUCAGUGUUUGACAGCCUUGGAAUUUCCCCUCUCUUGGCUUAAGGUGCCACAUAAACACCACAAAUAAUCCUGGCCCUUUGUGUUAUGCUGUUGUCCGUGUGUGACUAUACAUAUACACUCAACAGAGUGCUGAGACCUUUUAACCCAGCAUCAUGGUGCACCACAUCAAAAACUGGCACUUCUAAAAGAGGUAUGUGCAAUGAUACAAUAAGCCAGAGUUUAAGGUACUCUGAUAUGCAGUUCAAGAUUUUCAAGAUUUUUAAAAAAUUAGGCAGAACAAGAAAAUUGGGCAUGGACAAGAUUCAGAUUGGACCGGCAAUUACUUGGCUAAAUCUAUACAAAAUGUGAUGUCAAGUAAAGACAUGGAACAAUUUGGAACUUUAAGUGUCGUACCUAUUGUUCCUUGGCAAGCAUGGCUUGCUAUCAACACUGAUUCACUGAUUGGCAGUUACAGCGAACUCCUUUGAAGUUAUUACCUGAAAUCAUAAUAUGCCAGGUGACUGGAGGGUAGCAUGGGGUAUUGGAACAGAAGUUCCCCUCUCCUUUCACAGAGGAAAGCCAGUGUGUAACUGCAAUCUACUAUGCCCUUUGUAACCAGUACUAUAGUAGCUCACCUCUUGGCAAAUUUGAGAUUUUGAAUUGAAACAUACUAAGGAAGCAUAAUAGCAGAGGAACAUGCUUUUUUGGACAACAUGAGCAGGGAUGAAGGGAGCACUAAAAAGCUCAGCUUCCUUCAUGCUGUCAGUUUUCUUUCCUCGGGUGUUUAAGAGGUGUACAAAUGUUUCACUCUAACAUAUUUUAAAUCUGCAUGCUUUUUUAAAAAUUGCAGUGCACCCCUCUUUAUUAUGUUCCGAAUGGCUUCAGAGUGUAAAAGUGGUGAUGACUAAGAAUGCUUUCAGUAGUAUUAAGUAUUGUGUGCCUGUCAUGCAUCUGUCCAGAGUAGGUUUUGAAUCACUGGUGUCCAUAGCAACAGUGCCGCAUAAUACUUGGUUAGCUUUCCUCCAGCAGGCAAUCUUGUCUUAGAUAUUUGCCAUUCCUGUGUUCUGACAAUGUAAGCAUCAACUGCAAAUCUAUAUGCCACUUUCAUGUCUUUGUAUUAUUUUGUAAAUUACAUCCCAAAUAAACAGCAACCAUAAAUA